UGCAGCCAUGCUACUCUCGCUUGCUAUAAAGCACUGGUAAAAGCCAAUCCCAAGCUUGUACAACAUUGGGAACGUAUCGGACAAGCUAAGAUCGCUUUGAAAGCCUCGUCGGAAGAUGAGCUCCUCGAACUAGAAGCAAUCGCAAAGAGCCUCAACCUCUGCGCUCGCUCAAUACAAGACGCGGGAAGGACACAGGUGGACCCUGGUUCGCGGACGGUCUUAGGUAUCGGUCCAGCACCUGUCGAGCUCAUCAACCAGGUCACCGGCCACCUACGCCUUCUUUAA